AUGGGGACAGCCCUGUAAUGGCAGAGGUGGAUCAAUGGAGAGACAGCUUAAUGGGAGAUCAGCUUCACGGAGGGAGAGCUCAAUAGGGGUACAGGGAUGGAGUGGCUUAAGGACAUGGAGCCGGGGCAGCGCAGCCUGGAUGCGGAGCCGAUGCAGCAGCAGCAGCAGUUGAAACUACGGGAGAGGCAGAAAUUCUUUGAGGAGGUUUUCCAGCAUGAAGUGGAUUUCUUCUUCCCUGUGUCUCACCUGCAGCUGGAGCAUCGGAGACCCCCCUUAGGGAGCAUUUCCUCCAUGGAGGUGAAUGUGGACGUGCUGGAGCAGAUGGACAUGAUGGACCUGUCAGACCAGGACACUGUGGAUGUGUUUCUGGCCUGUGGGACAGAAGAGAGCAGUGUUUCUGGGCCCCUAACAGGAGCAGAUGCCAGCCAGUGCCAAGAGGAAAUCACCCUGCAAGUGCCCCAUGCAGCUGAUACCAAGUCACGCAUUUCCUCCACGUCCUCUGUCUCCACGGAUCCCAACAGCCUGGACACCAGCGAGGAGGGGGCUGAGACCCCCGUGGUGCAGUCAGAUGAGGAGGACCUGCAGGAGGACAGUCCUAAAGAGCUAGCAAGAAGCUAGCAGCCAGCCCUGCUCCCAGCCUCUUCUGGAUGGACCUGCCAGCCUGGAGGAAGGAAAGCUGCUGGCACUCAGUAAAACCCAUCCUGGACUGCUGUCUCACAGGAGAGGGGAGAUAGUUUUCCCCUCCUCUCCCUCUGCAGGUUCUCCUGGCAUCCAAGGGAGAAGCAAAGGGGCAUUGUAGGUUCCCAAAAUUAACUCUUCAGGCUUUGCUGCUAACACUCCCUUGCUUCAUUCCCCUCAAAUGCUCAGCAUCCCACAGCCCUACCAUUCCCAGAAACCAUCCCUUGGGAUCCCAGCUCCAUCAUCCCACUGACAAGCACCCUAUCCAGACAAGCAUUUAACAAAGGCAUACAGAGAAAUAAUACUCCUAUCUAACCAA